AGGAACGCUAGUACUGACUCAGUAUCUUAAUUACAGAUACUACGCAUGUACAUGCAGAUGUAAGCCUUCUGUUCAGACCCAAAUCCUACAAUCCACUUUUGGACUAGACAACAAGGGAGUAAAUUGCACCUGUUAUAAAACAGUAAAAUUUGUUGUUAUUGUUGCCUAAAUGCACGGAAGACCAUGGAUCCUUUACGCAUACGCGUUGACAUCACCAUUGUUUAAAAAUCAAAACAAAUUUACCAUUUUCGCCGCUCAUCUCCAAAUGAUUCUUGGAGCUGUUUUAUUUCUGACUACGUGUCUUCUCCAAACAGUCAACAAAUCUUGACGCAUUUGAAAAUGUUGUAUAAAAGGGAGGCUGAAUGGGUGGAGAAGGUAUCAGUUCACAAAGCGAGAACAAAGAACAAGCUCAAUUUGAAGCUUAAAAAUCUCUCUGAAAAACACAAUCCUACAUUAUCUCAAUUUUACAAACUCCGAUAGUACAAACAGUCGAAUACUCCAAAAGUAAGAAAUCAACAUGAAUAAAAUCGUGAUCCUGUUUGGCGUACUGGUUGCAUUGAUUGCGGUCCAAGCUGCUCCUCCCCCACAAGCGGCCGCUCACGACGUUGAGGAUGAAUCUGAAGAUGUGGGACUUGAAUUAACUGGUGACGCCGUGGUGGAGAUUGAAGGGGGCAGAGCCAAGCGAUCUGCUGAACCACAAUGGGGAAAUUACGGGGGGUACGGUAGUUAUGGUGGGUACGGUGGGGGCAGGGGGUAUUACGGUGGGGGUGGUUACGGUAGAGGUUACGGGGGAGGCUACGGACAUCAUCACCGAGGAGGACACCACCGAGGCGGGUUCUAUGGCUAAUUCUGCACACCGAUUAUUCCACUAAAUGAGUUCAGUAUGUUAGAAACUUUGUGUAAAUGAUGAUGUUUGUGUAGAAUGAAAUUUGAGGGGUAAUAGUGAAUAAAUUUUUAAGUUUUCUAUAAAAAAGCAUA